AAAGAAAGUCUCUACUGAAUUAAAUUGCACAUGUAAAAUCCGGCCAUCCAGAAGGAAUCAACAUCAGUACCACAUUGAACGUCGCACAAUCAACUGCACUUACUAUCCGCAGGUGAACAAGCUUUUGGCACACCGCGUCAUCCAUCGAACGAAAGUUUCAACCCAAAAAAAACCAUACCCCGACAGACAAGAUGUUCGGAAUUGGACGCCCCCAGCCCAGCUCGGCCGAGAAGAUCGCCGCAGUCGAGGCAGAGAUGAAGCUCAUCACGGCGAUGGCUGCCCGCCUUAACCGCGCAUGCAUGCAAAAGUGCAUCCCGACCAACUACCUCGAGGGCGACCUCAACAAGGGCGAGAGCGUUUGCCUCGACCGCUGCGCCGCCAAGUUUACCGAUGUCCAGCUCAAGAUUUCGGAGAUUAUGCAAGCGGAGAACCAGAAGAGGCAGGGCGGUGCUGGUGGCUUUUAAUUAGGCCAUGAUAGUACUGAUACUGGCUGGAGGGAGAUAUGAUGCGGGAGGGAGGAUGGAACGAGUAAGAAAAAAAAAACAAGGAAUCAGUACUUUGCACUGCAAAAUCACCAUUUAAUAAUGUUGGGAUCACGGCUCUGACCGCGCAAACUAGUGUCGUCUGCUCUGUCGUCAGCUGGUGGCUCGCAGUCGUCGGUUGGUUAAAAGUUUGACAGAUGGGGAAGCGGCCGAGGUUUGCUGUGGCUAUACCCCGAGAAUUUCAGUGUACGAUAAGACUGUGAUUAUUCACAUCACGAGGACAGAUAGAUAGUCUGCCUCGUCUGUAAAGGGGAUAUGAUACCCCUUUUUGUACUAAGAUGAAAAUCCUACGCUCAUAUUCACUAUUCCAUAACCGUGAAAUACAUGUUCAUCCGCGACUCAUUCCAGGCGAGCUUGUAAUACCACAGCAGAAACAAAGCUGCAAAGAAUACUGCGAGUUAUUUGCUUUGCUUAAGGUAGGUACGUCAUGUAUUCAUAUAUACGGUACCGCACAACACAGUAGGUAGGUAAGGUAGGUGGUCUACCACUACUGUGUUCGGUCGACUCAGGAGACAUCAGCCACAUUUCUGCGGGCAUUUCGUUUGGGCGGUUAGUGGUAAUCCAAACAUUACAAAAAUAAGAGCGUUGAUCACAGUUCGUUCGUGGAUCUCGACAAUCAAGCCGAAUCGGGCUUGACUUGACACAACAGGGCAAACCUUAAUAAUACAGCGCAUUUUAACGGAUGUUUUGUUUUGGUGGAGCAGGGGGCAAGUGGGAU